AUGGAGGCCUGCAUCAUGAGGUUGAAAUGUACAUCCUGGACUUUAGGCGCUAAUAAUUUCUAUAAGCAUUCUUCAGAAGAAGUAAUUCUAGAGGUAUCUGGUAAAGUUGGGUCUAGCAUUGAUGGAGGUUAUGUUGGAAGGCAAUGCACACAGAUACAAUACUUGACACCAGAACGUUCUGCACGCCUCAUUAAAGAAAUUUUGUCAUCAACCUGGCCUAGUAGAGAUUUGGUAGUCCAAUGGUACCCAGAGAGUCAAGAGAAGAAACAUCCAAGCAUCACCUGGUUAAAAAUGGUUUGGAAGUACUUAUACAUACAUUUUGCAGAUGAUCUCAGUAUUUUUGACGACAUGCCGUUGAUUCCAAAUGGUCCCUUAGAUGAUAAUUUGACAUCAUUGGAGCUUCUAAGAUUAAAAACACCUUCUCCAAUAAUUUUAGAAAAUGAAGGUGAAUCCCCUCUACCUGAAUUCCUUCCUGAAAUAAUUGAAAAAGUUGGUGGAAUUGUUGUGAAAAAAUUGGAUCCAACCUUGCAACACCCUCUACUCAAAAAAUAUACUCACCCUCCAACUCCUAGCUCAGUAUUACAGAUCAUGGACAGAAUGUCUCCUCAAAGAAUAGCCAGUCAGGUUGCAGCUUUUCCAACAAAGCUCAAGAUUGCCCUGAGACAUUAUUUUGCUGGCUUACAGGAUAUCAAUGAGAAAGAAAGUCAAUUAUUGCAUGAUCUGAUGAUAUUUAAUAAAAUUGGACAGUCAUCAGAUUCAUUUACAAUGAUAAGGGGAAGCAAAGUUUUGCAUCAUACAGCUAAACUCCCUCCAGGCAUUAGAAUGUCAGCCACAGUUGUUGACAGCAGUGAUGAAGCUACUAUUCGACUUGUUACAAUGCUGAAAGUGGAACAACUGAAAAGUACAGACUGCUUGAAGCUAAUAAUUGAUGAUAUUGAAAAAGGUUUUUACUCUAAGGAGGAAGUAACAGACAUCAUGCUAUGGGUUCUUAAACACUUGCAAUACUUAAAAAAUGAAUGCUCCUUAGUGGUGGAUUGGCUAUCAUCAUUGAAGUUUAUUCUUACUUCGCAAGGAAAGCUUGUUGCUGCCAAAGACCUCUUUGAUCCAGAAAUCGAAAUUUUGAAAAACUUAUUUUAUUCAGAUGAACAUGUUUGGUUUCCUCCUACUAUAUAUACUUCAUCUUCAGAUACUGUUCAUUCUUUAAGACAGGUGGGCUUAAAAAAUGAAUUGCAGCUAAACGAAAAGGAUUUUCUGCAAAUAGCAAAGAAAAUCGAACAGUUGCAAAAAAAUGUUAAAACUGAAAGAGAUGCUAUUUUUAAGAAAGCUGAGACACUUCUUAAAGUACUAAAUAAGCAUGGAAACCUUGUAAAAUCAACAGAGGCCCAAUUGUCUUUACAGAAAAUAAAAUGGGUUCCAGUCUGCAAGGAAAGACCUCCAAAUUACCCGCAAUCCCUUGCAUGGAAAGGAGAUUCAUUGAGUUUGAGCUGUCUAAGUAGUAUGUGUGAUGUGUCUCAUGCUGUAUUGGUGGGCUCAUCAGUUGCUCUUGUCGAGCACAUUUCUCCAAGUAUGAAAAAAGCUCUUAAACUUUCAAUAGAGCCUCAAGUGGACCAGGUGCUGCAGCAUUUAAAAGCUGUUAUUGACUGGCAUCGGUCACAGCAAUUUACUACUGAAGAUUGGUAUCAGUUUCAGCAGAUUCUACUGGAAAUAUAUGAAUUUAUGCAAGAACACUUAGAAAAUGCUGGCCAAGUAUUGAAAACAUUGACGUUUGAUUGGAUUUGGACAGGCAAGACUUUUGCCUCUCCAGCACAGACCGUUUUAAAACCAAUUCUGGAUUUAGAUUUACAGCCAUAUCUGCAUUCUUUGCCAAAAACCAUGGUAAAAUUCCACAGACUUUUCCGGAUUUCUGGAUCACUGGAAGAAGCAGUACCUAGUCAUGUUUUUCAAGUUAUUAAUUGUAUUAAAGAGAAGUGUAAUGGGGAAAUGUCACCUGAGGAGAGCAAGGAGAACCUGUUAUUGUUGCUUAGCAUUUUUAGAUGGCUAUACAACAGUCAGACUCCCGUAGAUCUUGAUACAGCUGUCCCCAUACUUUACAACAAAGAUCCUGCCAGAUUAGUAAUGAGGUCUAUUCAUGAAUGUAGCUAUUGUGACAUAAAAGUGGAUGACUUAAAUGACUUAAUUGAUGAUGUCUCAGAGCCAAUCAUUCUGGUACAUGAUGACAUCCCUAUGAAAACUGCUGAGUGGUUGAAAGUUCCAUGUCUAAGUACAAGAUUAAUCAAUCCAGAAAAUUUAGGCUUUGAACAGUCUGGUCAAAGGGAACCUCUAACUGUACGAAUAAAAAACAUUUUAGAAGAGUACCCAUCUGUUUCAGACAUUUUCAAAGAACUAUUACAAAAUGCGGAUGAUGCAAGUGCAACAGAGUGCAGUUUCCUAAUUGAUAUGCGCAAAAACCUUGACAUGCGUGAAAAUCUACUGGAUCCAGGUAUGGCUAUUUGCCAUGGCCCUGCUUUGUGGUCUUUUAACAACUCUGUUUUUUCUGAUUCAGAUUUCUUGAACAUAACCAGGUUAGGUGGCUCAAUAAAGCGAUGUGAAGUUGACAAAGUGGGAAAAUUUGGACUUGGAUUUAAUUCUGUUUACCAUGUAACUGAUAUUCCCAUCAUUAUGAGCCGAGAAUUCAUGAUCAUGUUUGACCCCAAUAUUAAUCAUAUAAAUAAACAUAUUAGAGAUAAAUCAAACCCUGGAAUUAAAAUCAAUUGGAGUAAACAACAGAAGCGAUUAAGAAAGUUUCCUAACCAGUUUAAGCCCUUCAUUAAUGUCUUUAAUUGCCAGUUGCCACUAACUUUAGAGUCACCAUACCGGUACAACGGGACUCUCUUCCGGCUUCCUUUCAGAACUGAACAAGAGGCAGCUGUGAGUGAAAUAAGCAGUGUCUAUUAUAAUACAACUGACAUUUACUCGCUUGUAGAUGAGUUCAGCAUUUGUGGACAUAGGCUGAUUCUUUUUACGCAACAUGUUGGUACUAUGUUUUUGAAAUACUUGAAAUCGGAAGAGCCAAACCCAGCAGUUUCACAAGAUGUUGUUAUCAUCAAGAAGUUGGUAUGCCCCUCUAAAGCUAUGUAUGGACCAGUAAGCAUCUUAAAAUCAGCAGCAAAGGUAAUGAAAAAAGCUUCCCACUCAAAUAAAGUGCCCUCUGAUCCUCCAAAGUCAUCUUCUCUUAUUCGAAUAAUAGUUGAAGAAUUCCAUCAUGUCUUCAGACGUAUAGUUGAUCUUCAGUCACCCCUUUUUAGAGGUCCAGAAGAUGACCCUGCUUCUUACUUUGAAUCAGCAGCAAAAGGAACCCAGGGAAAAAGAGGUAGUGAUGAAAUGCAACAGAAGGCAAUAGAUGUAACCAACUGGCUUAUUUCUUCUUGCAUGGAUGUUGGAGAAGCACUUAAAUUUUCAAUAAAUGAAAGUGGUAAAAGAUUGGGAUUAGUGCCCUGUGGUGGAGUUGCAGUUUUGCUCUCAGAAACAGAGGACCAUAAGUGGACUGUUAAAACAAAUUCUAGCCCCAUUGGUGAAGUGUUUUGCUAUCUACCACUUCGAAUAAAGACUGGAUUGCCAGUCCAUAUCAAUGGAUGUUUUGCUGUCACCUCUAAUCGAAAGGAGGUCUGGAAGACUGAUACAAAAGGCAGAUGGAACUCUGUGUUCAUGAGGCAUGUAGUAGUCCAGGCUUAUUUGGAAGCCCUUAGCACACUCCGGGUCAUGUCAGUCAGUGGUGAGCUAGUUGACUACAAAUACUAUGCAGCAUGGCCCGAUCCAGGAUCUGUACAUGAUGAUUUUGCUUUAAUAUCUCAAGGAGUAUACCAAGAAAUUUCCAAAGGCGGCGAAAAAGACAUUGCCAAAUUGUUCUCAGAUGGACACAGCUGGGUUUCUAUUAAUUAUGUCAGGUUCCUUGAUGACAUUUUACUGAGCAGACAGGAUAUUGGCCCAGCAGCUUUUGAGAUUUUUUUGAAGUAUCUUGGUAAAAGUGGAUCCCAAAACCUAUGUGCAGUUGAGCUGCCAUAUUGGAUCAAAGAGGGAUUUGAAGAUGCAGGAUGCAAAAGCAUUUUACAAGAAAACACCUUAACUGAAAAACAGUUUUUCACAAAUGUGUUUUUUCCACAUAUCCAAGAAAUUGAAAAAAAUCUCAGGGAUCCCUUGAUGCUGUAUGUUUUAAAUGAAAAAGUAGAGGAAUUUGCUUCAAUUGUGAAAGUAACUCCGUGUGUACCAUGUUCUGCCAAAUCACAUAAACUGGUUCUCCCAUCAAGCCUCAUUCAUCCAGAGGGCAGGGUGGCCAAACUGUAUGAUGCAGAUGAUGGCCGUUUCCCACAGGGAACUUCUCAAGAUUAUAUAAAUCCAGUCUGUUUGAUAAAACUUGUCCAACUGGGAAUGGCAAAGGAUGAUAUUUCUUGGGAUGAUUUAAUAGAACGUGCUGAGUCAGUAGCAGCUCUCAACAAAACUGACCACAAUGCAGCAUGUCAGAGAAGCAGUAUUAUACUCAGCUUGAUUGACGAAAAGUUAAAGCUAAAAGAAAACCAAGAAGAGCUAGCUAAUAAAUUGAAGAAUAUUUGUUUUCUUCCUUUUUUGACAAAGCCUGCUGGUUUCUCAUUACCUUGGUAUGGAAACAAUUUUGAACAUUCAGUGAUGUUUGCAGCAAAUGACCUUUACACAACUGAUCACCAGGAUACAGUCUGCUUAAUGAAGCCAAUACUAAAUGAAAAUUCUCCUUCCUUUAAAGGGUGUGGUCCAAUCACACUAGCAGUGAAGGACUUUUUAGGGUUAAUAAAGAAGCCAUCAGUUGAUCUUGUUAUCAGCCAAUUGAAGGAACUUUCAAAAUCAUUUGAUGGUGUUACCCUGUAUCAAGAAAAUAUUACUAAUGCAUGUUACAAAUAUCUUCAUGAGGAAAUACUACAGAAUGAAGGCACAUGUGAAGAAGUAACAAAACAAUUUGGAAUGUUCAAUUCCAUUCUUGUUGAGAACAGCUAUGUUGAUCCUGCUAAAGUUGCCUUCUGUCUUAACUUUGAUUCAGCUCCUUAUUUGUAUCAGCUACCCAAUAAAUACCGGCACAGUUUCCGUGAAUUAUUUGAGCGUUCUGGUGUGCAGCGGACCUUCUCAGUGGAAAAUUUUGCUGCUGUACUUGAAGCUGUUAAAAAUGAUUGUGGCUGUGGUCAGCUUACUGAAGACAACUUCCAGUUAUGCCGCAGAAUCAUCAGUGAAGGAAUCUGGGGUUUAAUCCGAGAUAAAAACCAAGAAUUUUGCCAAAGCAAAUAUGGUAACAUAUUGUUACCAGACACCAAUCUUACUCUGCAAGCGGCCAAAUCUCUGUGCUACAAUGAUUGCCCUUGGAUUAAAGUCAGGGAUACAUCUGUCAAGUAUUGUCACAGUGAUAUUCCUAGAGAAGUAGCAGUGAAGUUAGGUGCAGUACCCAAGCGCCACAAAGCCUUAGAGCGCUAUGCAUCCAAUAUUUGUUUUACCACACUUGGAAGUGAAUUUGGGCAAAAAGAAAAACUCACAAGUCGAAUUAAAAGUAUUCUUAAUGCAUAUCCGUCAGAAAAGGAAAUGUUAAAGGAGCUUCUUCAAAAUGCAGAUGAUGCUAAAGCUACAGAAAUUUAUUUUGUGUAUGAUCCAAGAGAUCAUCCAACAGAUAGAAUAUUUGAUGAUAAAUGGAUCCCCCUUCAGGGCCCUUCUCUUUGUGUCUACAACAAUCAACCAUUUACAGAAGAUGAUAUCAGAGGAAUUCAGAAUCUAGGAAGAGGAACAAAAGAAGGGAAUCCUGGUAAAACCGGGCAAUAUGGUAUAGGCUUUAAUUCAGUAUAUCAUAUCACUGACUGUCCUUCCUUUAUAUCAAAUAAUGACAUUCUUUGCAUAUUUGAUCCUCAUGCAAGAUAUGCACCAGGGUCAACGUCUGUCAGUCCAGGGAGAAUGUUUAGGGACUUGGAUGCUGACUUUAGGACACAGUUUUCUGAUGUACUUAAUCUGUAUUUGGGAGACCAUUUUAAGCUUAACCAUUCAACAAUGUUCCGAUUUCCAAUACGGAAUACUGAAAUGGCUAAAGUAUCAGAAAUUUCUUCAGUUCCUGCCUCAGACAGAAUGGUACAAAAUCUGUUGGACAAGCUCAGGGCUGAUGGAGCAGAGCUCCUUAUGUUUUUGAAUCACAUGGAAAAAAUUUCUAUCUGUGAAAUUAAUAAGAGCACUGGAGAACUGAAGGUCUUGUACUCUGUAAUCGCCAAAAUAACAGAGGGAGAUCGACUGAAACGCAAACAGUUCCAUGCCUCUGUAAUAGACAGUGUCACCAAAAAAAAGCCACUGCCAAAUAUACCAGUACAGCAGAUCACUUACACUAUGGAUAUAGAGGACUCUGAAGGCAACCUUACAACUUGGCUGGUAUGUAACCGAUCGGGAUUUGCAAACAUGGAAGAUGUCUCAAAAAGUGUCAUAUCUGCACACAAGAAUGAAGAUAUCACACUUUUUCCUCGGGGUGGUGUUGCGGCUUGCAUUAGUCAUAAUUAUAAAAAGCUUUACAGAGCUUUUUGCUUUUUACCUUUGUCUCUGGAAACGGGAUUACCUUUUCAUGUAAAUGGUCAUUUUGCUUUGGAUUCUGCAAGGCGAAAUCUGUGGCGAGAUGACAAUGGUGUUGGAGUGAGAAGUGACUGGAAUAAUAACCUUAUGACUGCUUUGAUUGCUCCAGCUUAUGUAGAGCUGCUUAUACAAUUAAAACGGCGUUCUUUUUCCGGUGCUGAUCCAACCAUUACAGUAAUACAGGGCACACCUUUUCAUAUUGUGAAAGAUACUUUGAAAAAGUUUCUUUCAUUUUUCCCAGUAAAUAGGCUUGACUUUCAGCCAGACUGGUAUUGUCUUGUUAAGGCUGUGUACAGGUGUAUUCAUGCAGAUUUAAAACGUUUACUUCCUGUUGUAAGAGCUCCCCACAUGGACAACACAGAAUUACACUCCACUAUUUAUAUAUCCUGGGUAAAUACGUCCACAACCAAUAAAGGGAGAGCAUUUUUUGAUAAUUUGCUUCAAGAUGAACUCCAGCAUCUGAAAAACACGGAAUAUAACAUUACUACGCGAAAAACAAUUGCAGAAAAUGUGUAUAGAUUGAAAACCAUGUUGUUAGAUGUUGGUUUUAACUUGGUUUAUAGCUGUGAGGAAACAGCAAGCCUGUAUUACUGUCUUGAAGAUGCUGGGAUUCCUGUAAGCUAUGUCACACCAGCAGAUGUAAGAUCAUUUCUUUUAACCUUUUCAGCUCCAGACGCGUGCUGCCACAUUGGAAAACUUCCAUGUCGAUUACAGCAGUCUAAUUUCAAACUUUUUCAUAGCCUUAAACUUCUGGUUGACUACUGUUUCAAAGACGCAGAGGAGAGUGAAAUUAAAAUUGAAGGACUGCCACUGUUGAUUACCAUGGACAACAUUCUCCAAGUGUUUGAUGGAAAGCGGGCAAAGUUUUUGACAACUUAUCAUGAUUUGAUUUCCCCACGUAAGGAACUUUUCAUGAAUACUCUCUACAUGAAGUAUAGCACUCUUCUCAUGAAUUGCGGUGUUGCUAAGACCUUUGACAUCAGUAGCUUUGGUGAUUUAUUAUCUUCAGUAUUACCACGUGAAUAUAAGACAAAGUCUUUUGUUAGGUGGAAAGAAAACUAUGCCAGUGAAUCUUGGCUGAAAAGUACUUGGCACUUCAUUAGUGAAAAUGUAUGCAUCAAAGAGGAACAAGCAGAUACUAAGCCAAAAUUUGAUACAGUCCUCGAUAUAUUAAAGGAUUGGGCACUGCUUCCAUGUAUAAAGUUUAUGGUCUCCAGCAAUAAAUUAGUUGUUCCUGAGUGUGAUAUCCUUUUACCCCUGAGCUUGAUAUAUGCUGCUAUUUUUCCAAAUGGACAAAAUGACAGAGUAUUUCACACUUUGAUGAAAGGAGGAUGUGUACAGUUAGCCCUUAACAAAAUAUGUUCAAAAGAAAAUUCCUUGGUGCCUUUGUUAGCUAUGCACACAGCAAACACAGACAAUCCGUCCAGCAUACUAAAGGCAAUUAACUACAUGAUACAAUCUUCUGCUUUUAAGACUGAAAGAUUAAUGGAUAAUGACAUUGAAGCACUACUUUUGUACUUCAAUUGCAAUCUAAGUAAUCUAUCUGAAAAUGAUGUGGAAAGAUUGAAAAUGCUACCUUGUUAUAAGUCUGUCAGUGGCCAGUACACCAGCCUUUCAAAGUUUGCAUCAUGUUUUAUAUUGACAAAAAUUAUUCCUUCUGCUGACAUGGAAAAGUGGGCUCAGUCAACAUCAUCUGCAUUUCUUCUUGACAACCCCAAUUUAAAAGAACUGUACUAUUUCCUUGGUUGCGUUCCUAUUGAUGAUCUUGAAGUUUAUCUGAAACAUCUUCUUCCUAAAUUUGACAGUCUAUCCUAUGAUGCUAAGAUUGAGCACCUUGUUUAUCUAAAAAGCAGACUUUCAAAUAUGGAAGAUUCUUCAGGAAUUAAAGAACAACUUUUUGAAAAACUUGAGAGUCUUUCUUUUAUUUAUGAUGCAACAAAGAGGUUAAAACCUGCAAAAACAUUCUUUGAUCGUACUGUCAAGGUUUAUGAAGUGAUGCUCCCAGAAAAGGCUUUCAUACCCCAGGAUUUCUUUAAAAAGAUUGAACAGUAUGUAAAGCCUAAAAAUGGAGCUACAUUUAUUUCUUCGUGGAUAUCAUUCCUUAGAAAUAUAGGACUGAAAUACAUGGUUUCCCAGCUUCAGCUGCUGCAGUUUGCAAGGGACGUGAGCGUAAAGGCACAGGCUGAAAACUGGUCAAAGGAAAAAGCACAGACUAUCGUUGACAUUUUACUAAAUCAUAUCUUUAAUGAGCGGACAGAUUUGUUUUUGGGUGUAUUUCUCAAGGAGCUUUCAAUAAUUCCAUUUUUAUGUCCAGAACGUGCUCCAGCUGAACUUGUUCGACUUCAUCCUCAGUAUCAGGAGGUUAAUAACACUCUCCCACUUAUCCGCUUCAGUGGCUCACAGGUAAAUCCAAAAUUUAAGCAAACAGAUGUUAUGCAAUUGCUUUGGACAUCUUGCCCCAUUCUCCCAGAAAAGGCCACACCAACAAGUAUUAAGGAACAGGAUGGAAGCAGUCAGGGAGCACAGGAGCAACUUGAUCAAGUUUUGGCUAUGCUGAGUGUCAACCUGGAUCCACCUUUGGAAAAAGUUAUUAGCAAUUGCAAAAAUAUAUGUAAUCUAACUAACCUGGAUGAUGACAUGGUGAAAACUAGGGUAAAAGUAUUACGAAGUACGUAUGAUUUUCUGAAUGCAGAUAAAAGAGAAUUUCGCUUCCAAUUACGAGGAACUGCAUUUGUUAUGGUUGAAGAUGGUUGGAAGUUACUUAAACCAGAAGAAGUUGUUAUUAAUCUCGAUAAUGAGUCUGACUUUAAGCCUUACUUGUAUAAACUACCUUUGGAGCUUGGCACCUUUCACCAGCUUUUUAAGCUUCUUGGUACAGAAGACAUUGUUUCCACAAAGCAAUAUGUUGAAGUUUUGUGCCGCAUUUUUAGGAACUCUGAAGGAAAGCAACUUGAUCCCAAUGAAAUGAGAACUGUAAAAAGGGCAGUAUCAGGACUCUUUAAAAGUCUCCAGAAUGAGCCAGUUCAAGUGCGGCAGGACUUAGAAAGCCUCAGAGACCUAAUGUUUUACCUUCCCAGCCAUGAUGGAAGGCUUGCAAAAUCUAACAUGUUAGUUUUUGAUGAUGCUCCCCACUACAAAAGCAGAAUUCAAGGCAACAUUGGAGUUCAGAUGCUUGUUGACCUUAGUCAGUGUUAUUUAGGAAAAGAUCAUGCUUUCCAUACAAAAAUGAUAAUGCUUCUGCCACAAAAAAUGAGGCCACAACUUCUUAGCAGCAUUUUAGAGGAACAACUGGAUGAAGAAACUCCAAAAAUGUGUCAGUUUGGUGCUUUGUGCUCUCUUCAAGGUCGAUUACAGCUUCUUCUUUCAUCUGAGCAAUUUAUUACUGGGCUCAUUCGAAUUAUGAAACAUGAAAAUGACAAUGCUUUUGUGGUCAACGAAGAAAAAGCAGUUAGAUUAUGCAGGGCCCUUCGAGAAGGUUUAAAGGUUUCUUGUUUUGAGAAACUCCAGACAACCUUGAGGGUGAAAGGCUACAGCCCUAUACCACACAGUAAAAGUGAAACUCUAGCAUUUCUGAAAAGAUAUGGAAAUUCUGUAAUACAUCUCUACAUUCAACACUCAGACAGUAAGGAUAUAAACUUUUUGUUAGCGCUGGCAAUGACACUGAAAUCAGCAACAGACAAUUUGAUUUCUGAUACCUCUUAUCUGAUAGCCAUGCUUGGAUGCAAUGACAUUUACAGGAUUACUGAAAAACUUGACAAUUUAGGUGUCAAAUAUGAUUCCACUGAGCCAUCCAAGCUUGAACUUCCACAGCCUGGUACACCCAUUCCAGCAGAGAUCCACCACAUACUGCUUAUGGAUCCUAUGAACGUUUUUUAUCCUGGAGAGUAUGUUGGAUAUCUUGUUGACUCUGAAGGGGGAGAUGUAUAUGGAUCUUACCAGCCAACCUACACAUAUGCUAUUAUAGUCCAAGAGGUGGUAAAAGAAGAAGAGGAGAACCCAGCCUUUUUGGGAAAGUACUUCCAAAUUGACAUUGGGUAUAGUGAGUACAAGAUAGUCAGCUCUCUGGAUUUGUAUAAAUUUUCAAGGCAAGAUGAAAGCUCUAAUAUAAGAGAUAGUACUCCCUCAACACCAACAAGCCCAU